AUGGCACAACCGCCGGGCACGUUUUGGGCCAAGGGAAACGAAGGACAUGGAAAGGGUCCGCCCGUACUCUACCUCCACUCCGCGGGAGAGCAUGCGUACGCAGUGUCCAAAUGGCGCCCGGCACUCUUUACAGCCAUUCAACAAUUUGACAUGAUCGUCACACCCUCUCGAGUCUCCACGUUGCACCAUUCCAUGCCCUCGUUCCCUUUCACACCAUCUCGCUUCGAUGAAGCACGCCCAGACCUCAAUUGUGAUGUUGAGUGGGGUUCUCAAUGGUCCAGGUUGCUACAUGCGUAG